UUCAUUCUUUAACUAAUGUACCUAUACAAAAUUGAAAAUUCAAAUACUGUUUUAGAUUGUGGCAGACCAUAUACUCCUAACCAAGUAUUGAUUCUAGAUGGCUCUGAAGCUAAAUAUGGAUCAGCACCUUGGAAUGUUGGAGUAUAUAGAAAAUCCACUAGAAAUAAUUUUAACAUGAUAUGUGGAGGAUCACUGAUUGCUACAAAUUUAGUUGUAUCUGCUGCUCAUUGUUUUUGGCAAGAAAAGUUGACAAGUAGAAUAUUAUUAAACGAUGGUACGUAUAAAGUUGGCGUUGGAAAGUAUAAGAGCGACAUUACAAUUAAGGACAAUGAAUUUACCCAGAUUGUCGAUGUUGGAUUGAUAUACUUGAGAGAAGGUUAUUAUGGUUCAUCCGGAUAUCAUGCUGAAGAUCUAGCUAUUAUUGUGUUAUCAAACAAAAUUACACUCAGCAAUGUAGUUAUGCCUGUUUGUGUGGACUGGUCUAAAAGAUAUUCCAUUUUAAAUGGAUCCAUUGGAAAAGUCGUUGGCUGGGGGAAAACAGAAAAAAUGGUUGAAAGUUCUGUUUUAUUAGAAGCUAAUAUACCAUACAUCGACCAUCAGACUUGUCGAAAUAUGUACCAAAACGGAUUUCAAAACUUUGUUUCUGUUGAUAAAUUCUGCGCUGGUACUAAAAGUGGACAAGGAGUUCAUCAAGGAGAUAGUGGUGCCGGAUUUACCAUUGAACAUAGCUCUUUACAUUUUUUAACUGGAAUUGUGAGUGUAAAAGAUGCAGCCACAAAUGAUUCAAUCGCAGUUUUUACAGACGUUAGUCGCCACAUUUCCUGGAUUCAUGAAAUUUAUACCAAUUAUAGUUAUGCAAGUGACAGUUUUUCUGGAUCCGUUAGAUAGUGCAGUAAAAAUAACUAAUAAUUAUAUACUUACCAUCCUACCAUAAUUAUUUUAAUAUCGAAAACGGCAUUUAUAUAUAUUUUUUUACCUUUGUUAAAUUUUUAACUUUUUGUACAUUUUGAAUGAUUUUAUCACAAACACAAAGAAAUAAUAAUAUAUUAUAAUUGUAUAAUUCAAUAUUAUUGAAUUUAUUAAAUAAUUAUGAGUUGUCCUUUCGUGUCAAUAACUGAACAUUGAUUUAUAAUACAUAAUAUAUAAUAUUAAUUUACAUAUUAGGUCAAUACUCAUUAGUAAUAACUAAUAAAUUAUUUUGCCAUUUAAUA